CCGCGCCAUGGCGCCCGCCGGAAGUGCGCCCGCCCGGAAGUGCGCGCCGCCGGUCCGCCCGGAAGUGCGUCCUCCCGGAAACGCGGCCCCGCGCCCCAGGCCCGGCGCUGGGAAGGCCCGCCCCCACCAGGUGCCACCUGACCCGUGUGUCCCACGUGGGGGCGUACUUACCCCCCCAGGUGCCACGUGGGGCUGUGUCCUGGUCCUGCGUGGGGCGCCACGUGGGGGUGUUGCUAGACCCCCCCUCCCACUUCCCGCGUGGGCCUGUAAAUCCCCUCUUCUGCCCCCCCCGGCCCCCCCGCAGCAGUGAGGCCCCGUGGCCGAGCUGCACCCGUGGGCGGUGGACGGGGCGCAACGUGGCCACCCAGGGAUGCCGGGUGCACGGGGGACGGCCAUGGAGCCACCCGUGACCCCCCCGUGGGCAGGGUCUGGAUCCGCCACACGCCACGCUGGCACAGCCCGUGUCCUCCCGCCGUCCGGCCCUCGCGGGAUCGCGGACCGGCUCCCCGUGCUCCCAGACCCGGGCGCUGCUCGGAGGUACCUGCGCACCCUGUACCUGGGGCUGCAGAGCCGCUGGCAGGCCGAGCACCGGCGGCGCCACUUCUACUGGCGCAUGAUGUUCGAGAGCGCCGACAUCAACAUGCUGCGGCUGCUGGAGACCUUCCUGAAGAGCGCGCCCCAGCUCGUGCUGCAGCUCAGCAUCAUGGUGCAGCAGAACAGCAUCGAGCCCCUCCAGGGUCUCUCGGCCUCGGCCUCACUAGUGUCGCUGGCCUGGAUGAUCGCCUCGUACCAGAAGGUGCUGCGGGACUCGCGGGAGGACAAGCGGCCCAUGUCCUACAAGGGGGCGGUGGUGCAGAUCUUGUGGCACCUCUUCACCAUCGCCGCCCGCGCCAUCGCCUUCGCGCUCUUCGCCUCCGUGUUCCAGCUCUACUUCGGCAUCUUCAUCGUCACCCACUGGUGCAUCAUGACCUUCUGGAUUAUCCAGGGUGAGACCGACUUCUGCAUGUCCAAGUGGGAGGAGAUCAUCUACAACAUGGUGGUCGGCAUCAUCUACAUCUUCUGCUGGUUCAACGUCAAGGAGGGCCGGAGCCGGUACCGCAUGGCCAUCUACUACAUCAUCACGCUGGCCGAGAACGCGGCCCUCACCACCCUCUGGUUCCUCUACUACAACCGCGAGGCCACCUCGGACUUCAACGCCUUGCUCAUCGUCUGCGUCGUGGUGGCCAGCUUCGCCCUUGGCAUCUUCUUCAUGUUCAUCUACUACUGCCUCUUGCACCCCAACGGCCCCGUCUUCGGCCCCCAGGCCACGGGCUGCAUCUUCCACGAGGCGCCCGACACCUGCGCGGGGCCGCCCGCGGACGUGGUCACCAGCCCCCCGCGCUCCCUGCCACGGACUACAGGGGGGGAACGGGAGGGGGUGCCGGGGGACAGAGACAGCUGCGUGCCUGUGUUUCAGGUCCGGCCCAGCGUGCCCCCGACGCCUGUGGCCCGCACCCCGCGGACAGAAGGGCCCGUCAUCCGCAUAGACCUGCCCCGCAAGAAGUACCCGGCCUGGGACGCUCAUUUCAUUGACCGGCGGCUCCGUAAGACCAUCCUGGCGCUGGAGUACUCGUCCCCGGCCACGCCGCGCCUGCAGUACCGCACCAUGGGCACCUCCCAGGAGCUGCUGGAGUACGAGACCACAGUGUAGGGCCGUAGGACACCUGCCCCCGCCGAGGGGGCUGAGCCCACGGUGCAUUUGCGGAGGCCUUGGGGCACAGAGCCCAAAGGCAGCCAGGCUGUGCCCAGCCCCCCCCAGCACAGCACGGCAUGGCACGGCACGGCACGGCACGGUACGGUACGGCACAGGGGGGAAGCGUUGGUGCCCUGGAGCAGGCCAGUCCCAUUUCUUCUCAGCAUUUUGCCUUUUUUGUUCGUUAGCACUGACAGCCCCAUUCACCUCCUGCUCUGCACCCCCGCUGGGGGCAGCGAGGGCAACUGGUGCUAUUCCCCCACCCACCUCAAUGCGCUCCCCUCCCCUGCGGUGCCACGGCCACGUUUUCCACCCCUGGCAGCCUCGCCAGAUACCCCGUUCCCUGCCAUCGGGCUACGUCCGCCCUGGGUGGGGAAGGGUGGUCGCUGCUGAAAUACCUCACCUGCACCUGAGCCCAAAUAGCCACAGUCUUCGGAGCGCCUGCCCGAGCUCCUGGCGAGGGGUUGGGACAGGGAGCUGGCAGCCCAGGAGGGAAAUGCUCAGGCCCCAGCUUCAGCAACCAGCCUCAGGACGAGGCUUGGCUAGAGCCGAGGGCAGUGUGGGGGCCAGGAGCAGUGGGUGCGCCGGCGUUGACUGGGUGCAUGGUGCUGUGGGCAGCUUUGGGGUGGGUGAGAUGUGCCCGCGGGUGCUGGUGCCGGCAUGCCCUAGGGCCAGGGGUGCUGUGGCAAGUGGGCACAUUGCAGUGGGGUCAAGGGUGGGUAUUACUCCAACAUUUCCCAGCUCUGGGCUCCUCCAGGGCAGGGUGGGGACAAGGUCAGCAGCAGCCAAGGAGGCAGGUCUGCAGAGCCAGGCAGGUGUGGGAAGCUGGGGGCACCGGGUCCCUGCUUCUGUGCCAACGCCAAGCUGGGCUGGGUCUCAGGGAGGCAGGGGUUACAGGCAGCAUGCCCGGGGCCCUGCCCCACAAAGGGCCAGGCAUCUCCUGUGCUGGGGUGCAGCGGGCUGUCUCAGCUCAGGGCCUGGGGGCAGGCAGCAGGGGUGGGGGGCCUGGCGGGCGGGCACGGAGAGCUGAGCUGGAGCCUCCCCACAUUGUGCAGAGCCUGGCAGGGAUCUCACGCGGGGCGGGGCUGCCUCAGCUGUGCUCCUGACCCACUGCCCAGAGGAAGGGAGCUCCUGCCAACACAAUAGCUCCUGCCCAGGGGAAGGCCAGCAGGCAGGAAACACCGGCCCCUUUGCUGCCCUGGAGGCAGAGAUCCAAGCGCCGCCUUUCCCAGCCCCGCUGCUCAGGACAGAGCCACGCCAGGCCUCUGCCCAGGGCACCCGGCAGCUCCUGCCUGCCAUCCCCUGCUUGCAGUUUUCUGCCUCUAGAAAAUCUGCCAUUUUGCUAGUCGUGGGGGGAGAGGGAGGUCUUUGCCUUCGCUCACCAGCUGGCUGGGAAGGGAGUGGGUGCCCACGUGGGUGUGAGCAUGGAGGACCAGCCCUCCUGGUUAGCAGGAGCACGUGGGCACACACACAGCGCAGGGUCUGGGCUGGCACAGCCGCACCUCCAGUGCCAGACUCCGACCCUGCUGCUCGUGCCCAGGUGAUCCUUGUUGAUUAGCAAGGGCCGGCCUGGGCGGCACAAGGGCUGGGUGCGCCAUUCCCAUGGGCAGGCACGAGCACCAGGGGUCGGAGUCCCCCGUGGCACCUGCAGCAGGGUCGCAGCCAUGGAGAGGGUAGCGGGGAACCCAAGGAGUACGUAUUAGGAUCCAGAGGCCACCCAGGCAGCACCCGCAGCCAACUGGGGCCAAGCUCAGGUGCAAGGUGGGGGAUACAAGGGGGAGGCUGGGUGCUCCCCCCACCUCCCCGGCCCAGCAGGGCCAGGCCUAGUCUGGCUUUCCCUGUCCUUCCCCCUGUCCUGCAGGGGAUGGAGGGGAAGGAGCCGUGUGGGAGAUGCUGGGUCCCCAGGCUGCGUUGUGCCACGGCCUGUCCCGGUGCCCGGCGUCCCUGCCCGGCUGUGGUGCAGCAUCUGCUUGGCGUGAGCAGUGUGCGUGUGUGUGAUGUGAAACGAUCUACCUCAGCUGCGGCUGCUGGGCGGAGCGGGCACGGCUCGAUUGGAAAGACUGGAGCCCUGUUGUGCCAGGCGAGCGAGGUCAGCAGCUCUGGGCAGGCUCCCGGCUCCGUGUUGGGGGGUGGCCACUUCCCCCAUGGCAAGGAGACCUCCCUCCACGCUGAGAGCAGGGUCAGGCCCUUGGGUGUAUGUGGCCAGGGUCCUUGCUCGACCUGCGCUCGGGCCCGGCCCGGGGAGACUCCUGCAGGCAUGCGCGCUGGCUUUGCUGCCAGCCGGCCCCUGCCACCAGGGUCCCUGUCUGCACCUUCCACGGGGUCUGGCUUCAGGCUCUCCGCCCAGCCCCCUGCACUGGAGCUUUGCUAGGCGCUGGGCGUAUGGAGCACCAGGCACUGAGUGCACCUGCCCACCUGUGCGCUGCAGUGCUGGAAGGACGUGGUCCCCUGAGGGACCACGGGCACCAUCCCAGGGUGCUCUCCUUGGAGCAGGGUUUGCCUGGCAGGGGUCAUGGGGGCUAGUGCGCUCCCCACACACCUACGCAUUUCCAUUGCACACCGUGCCCUAGAUGAGCUUCCCUUCUCCAGUGCUGCCAGCUCACUGCAGAGAGCAGUAUCCCGUGGGGUGUAAAUCAGGCCGGGCUUGGCCCCUGGCACUGCAUAGCCUGGGUAGCAUGUGCUGGGUGGGGUGAUGCCUGCAGUCGCUGCGUGGUGCGGUCACCCGGCGUGCCCCUGUAGCCUGGUCUGUGCUCCCACCGUGAGCGUGUCACAUCUCUGCAGCGUGUUCACACCCUGCAUCUGCAUCCCCAUGCCCUGGCGGGACCUCGCAGCCUGUCUGCGGGGAUCUGCAUCCCCCUGCCCUGGCGGGACCUCGCAGCCUGUCUGCGGGGAUCCGGGCUUUGCCCGGCGCUGGCUGCUCUCACUGUGCCAAGGCUCCUGGAGACCAGCCCAGGCCGGGAUCUCAUCUCAGCAGUGCAAAUCUGCACUCGCCGGCCCUGCAUUUACCGGAGUAGAAACGAGAGCAGAAUCAGCCCCGCUAGCGUCGCGCCUGCACGGCUCCCCCACGCCCAGCCGGCCCCGUUACCCCGCACGCCUUCCACGCCGCACCGCACGCAGGCUGUGUGCUGGCCCCCUGCGCCGGCUGCAGCCUGCAUCAUUACAGCAAUUAGCAGAACGUUUGCAUUUUCUCUGGCAGAUUGUCACUGAUGCCAUCUGAGGCCUACCUGAUGGCAGGCAGCGUGCAGCUGGUGGCCCACUGUGGCUGGGGAGUUGGGGAAGUGAUGGAUGACAGGCCAGGAGCUGGUGGGAGGAGGAGGCUUUUCUGUCACCGACUCUUAGCACCUGGGGCCGGCAGGGCCAGGGUCAGGGUCAGACAGCGAGGGCAUGCCGGACAGUGUGUCCCCGCUGCUGACCGCCUGCACGGAGCUGCACGACCCAGGCUUUAACCUCUCGUUUGGGUGGCUGGUUUGCAAGGUUGGGGGCUCCGUACUGGCAGCGCUGGAGCCUGCCUGGCUGGAGCUGGUGGCUCUGGAGUCCUCCGCUCUAGUAACCCCGGAUUCGCCGUGCCGGAGGAUCUCUGCAGGGUGCAGGUUGUGUUUGUCCUUCGAUGGCUUUCUUGCCCCGGGAAAGCACGUUCAGCUCUGGAGUAAAGUGGCAGCUGGCAUCUGGUGAGCUGCUGGGGAAGGAGCCGUGUCUGGAGCCUGGGGUCUAGGCCUGGGAGUUGGGAGGUCGGGUCCGUUUGUGGCUGGGCUUCUCAAUCCCUGCAUCGAGUCACUGGGCCUUUGGGCAUGGGGUUGUCUCUGCUUGGCAAGGGUGCGAGGGCUGAUUUAACAGGGGUAAAGGGCUUGGCGAGUCCCAAAUGGUGCUAAUGAGAUGCUGUCCCCCUGGGUGCCCCCUGCCCUGCCUUCGACCUGCCCCCAGGAGCAGCACUGAGAAGACCACGUUGGUUUUCUAGCCCUGUAAAUGGCUCCCAGUUGCAAAGUCCUGCUUUUCCCAUCUGCAGGGCUCGGUGCUAGGCCAAGGGCUGAGCCGUGUUCUCACUUCACGCCUUGGCUUCGUGCUGUUGGCGUGUCACAGGCGCGGGCUCCCGGCACGCCCUGCCCUGCCCUGGGUUCCCGGGCUCCGGAGAAAGGAAGGGACUGAGAAAACUGCACAUUGCCCCGGUGCUUCCCCCCAACACGCCUCCUCCCUCUCUUCCCCUGGGGCAGCCUCCCUGCCCCAUUGCCUGGGUUCAGGCAGCCGGCCCUGGAGCAAAUUCAGAGCCAGGCGGGAAGCAAUUGCAGUGCCAAAAGCUCCGUGCCAGCUGGGGCAUGGAUGGGGCAUGUCCCAGGACACGCUGGGCUGUGCAGGAAGCCGGGGCUGCUCGGUUGGAGGUGCAGGUGGUGGCGGUGUGGACGGAGGGUGUUGGCAGCAGCCGGCGACUCAGAGCCUCCAGGUGCUACGUCGCGAGGCCAGCGGGGCCUGCGGUCACUCGCUGAGGUGGAGGGGAUGUCCCGGAGGCCUGUCAGGGGGGUGUUGCUGCACCGGUGGGGCAGCAAGGUCGCUGCGGAUGGGGUCCAGGGCUGCCCUGGGCUUGUGCUGGGCGCGUGCGGACGAGUGCAGGGCGUUCUGCUUUGUGCGGGAGUGUGCAUGUGCAUGCGUGCGUGUGUGUGUGCAGGUGCACGCGUGUUCAUCGGUGCUCUGUGAUGCGACCCGGUUCGGCGCACGUGACCUGAGCUCUCCGGCCUUCCCAGCUUCUGGCUGGCACAGGGGGGGCAGAGGACGGGUCACAGCUUCCCAGGGAUACCCCUCGGUUUGCCAGGAACAAGGACCCCCCUGAACAGAGCUGGUAUAUGGCUGUUGCAGAGGGCAUGAUGGUCUCAGGCAGGCCGAGGCACAUCCAGGGGGGAUCCGGCCCGGGCUCAGCCAUGACCUCGAGGGGAUGCUGAUGCUUUGGGAGGGAUGGGCAGGUCUGUCUGUGUCCUGAGCCACGGGCACGUGAUGCCACAGACGAGUCUUCUCGGGGAAGCGUGGGGACGGGCACCCGCUGAUCCAAGGGCCAAUCUUCUAUGCACUCUAGCCACGGUAUUCUCAGCCUCCCGCCUGCUCCGGGAGAGGGGAAUCUCAUCGCACCUGCAAUAAUCUUAAAGGUAGUCAGCGGCUGGAUGCCGGUGGGGGGGCAGACCCGGGACGGGGCAGACAGGCCGAGCUGCCCCAGCUCCUCUCUCCUCCCCUGGCAGGUGGUUCCCUCCCAUGCUCACGUCCGUCUGCCUCUCAAGGCGCCAGGGCAGGAGAGACGAGGUCCGAGGGAGCCAGGCGGGUCUCUGCGGACGAAGCAGUGCCCUGCUCUGUGGAUCCGAGCCCCGCCGGGAUGGGACACGUGCAUCCUGUGUGGCCGUCGCUGAACUCUCGAGAGGGCUGGGGACCACCCCCCAGGGCGAAAAGGCAGCCGUGGGGAUCCCCAUCCGUGCCACCACGUUGCCCCCGGGGUAAGGAGAGGUGAGCUGGACCCUGAGGGGGAAGGGGAGUAUCCAGAGCCCAGAUGAAGGGGCUCCAGCCAAAUCCAGGCCCCAGCUCAGGCUCAAGUUCGGCCCAUGGCUCGGCGGGGUCGGGCCGUUCGGGUCCAGUCCAAGCUCCAGGUUCUGACGGUGCCGCGGGAGUGAGGCCAUGCUGCCCCCAGCACUCGGGGAGCUGGGCCAGGGCUUGGGCAGCUCUCUCCGGCUCGAAAGCGCUGGCGGCGGGGAGCUGCAUGGGGGCGCUGGCUGCUGACUCCCAGGGUCCGAGCUGCGUGCCGUGCGGCCCCACAGGCCCCUUCAGCUUGCCUUGAGCAGGUCUCUGGGAGACGUCUCCUCCCCACGCCCUCCCGCCGGGAUCUGGACGCCCUGCGGUCACGGCCCUGGACUGUAAAUACUGUGUGUGCCACCGUCUUCUUCCUUCCGGCCGGCGCGGUGCGGCGCGGCGGGGCAGGGCAGGAUGGGCCGGGCCGGGCCAGGCGGGAGGAGCCCGAGGUUCUGUACUGAGACUUUUUUGUAUACCACAAACUUUUUGUAUAUUUUUAAUUUUGCUGCAACAUGAGAUAUUAAAGUCAUUUCAGUAAACCCCA